UUCUUUUACGUUCCGGCCUCACGGGAGCAAACAUGGCGGCUGAGGGCGAUGUCGACUUGGACCUAGAAGCUGAGGAAAAUUGCACUGGAAAACCAGUAGAGAAGCCUCGUAAACAUGAUAGUGGAGCCGCCGAUUUGGAGAGGGUCACCGACUAUGCGGAGGAGAAGGAAAUCUCCAGCUCCGAUUUAGAAACGGCCAUGUCAGUAAUAGGAGAUAGAAGAUCGCGGGAACAGAAAGCCAAACAGGAGAGAGAAAAGGAGUUGGCCAAAGUCACUAUCAAGAAGGAGGAUGUGGAACUAAUUAUGGCAGAGAUGGAGAUUUCCAGAGGUGUGGCAGAGCGCAGUCUGCGGGAACACAUGGGAAAUGUGGUCGAAGCCUUGGUGGCCCUGACCAACUAAACAAACUGAACUCAGCAGAAUUUACAUACUGGACUGAUCCAUGUUCUAAAGGGGUGCCCUGGUUAAAGCACCUCAAAUUAAGAUUUUUUGUUUUGUUUUGUUUAUUCUUCCUGAAAAGUUCUUUAACCUUGAGAGGAUUGACAUUGGCUUGCCUAUUUUUUGCUAAUAAUUAAAAAAUUUAAACUAAUUGCAUCUAUUACGCAUUUAAGAUUAAUUAAAACCA